AGACGGAAUUUUUCUUUCUCUUUCUGUUUUUCCUAUUUUUUUUUUUUUUUUUUUCUUUCGUAAAGCGUUCUCGAAUAGGCUCUUCUUUGAAGCUCGAUGAUAUUAUUCAAUAUGGCCACUGAGCUGCCAAACUAUUUAAAUGAAAAUUUCUUUAAAACUGCUUUAGAAGAUGGUUUACAUGAUGAAUCUGUGGAUAUUAAGAAAAUCAUAUUAUCUGAUAAUAAUUCUGGUGGGGGGGAAAACUAUUGCAGUAAAAUUUAUCGCGCCAAAGCUUUGUAUCGUAGCAGUAAAACCCAAUUGGAUGAGGAGUUGGCACUGAUUGUUAAGAGUAUCGCCAUUACACCGGCCACGCAGUGUCUGGAGGAUUUUGCAGUGUAUUUGCGUGAAAAAAUUUUUUAUUUUGACGCUUUGGGCAAAUUGGAAAUGCUAAUAGGCGAUAAUACGAAGUUUGGAGCAAAAUGUUUCUAUAGUACGUGCGAGCCCAUGCAAACAAUUGUUUUUGAUGAUUUAACACAAUAUGGUUAUCGCUUGGCCAGUCGUCAGGAUGGACUCGACGAAGGGCAUUGUAAGGUUACACUCGAAAAAUUGGGUAAAUUUCAUGCAGCUUCCAUGGUGAUGGCACAUCAAGAUCCCUUUAUUAGAGAUCAUUUUAAGACGGGUAUGCUAGAUGAGCAUUACAUUAGAACUAGCGAACGUUUUGUAGAUUUCAUGACUUUGCAAUUGAGAACUUUGGCGAAAUUGGUAGCAACUUGGGGCGAAGAUUAUAAGGAAAUAACUGAAAAAUUGCAUAAACAUUGCGAUAAUAUUACCGAAAAUUUAGUAAAGACUGGUCAAGCAAAACCGAAUGAAAUAACGGUAUUAAAUCAUGGCGAUUUAUGGGUUAAUAAUUUCAUGUUUAAAUACGACGAAUGCAAUAAAAAAAAACCAAUUGAUGUUGUGUUUGUGGACUUCCAACAUAGCUUCUUUGGCAGUCCUGGUUGCGAUAUAAAUUUCUUCCUUAAUAGCAGUGUACAGUUGAAUGUGUUAAUGAAAUGUCGCGAUUCAUUGAUUGAAAGCUAUUACGCAGCGUUCCGCGAAUCUUUGCAAAGAAUGCAAUUCGAGAAAAUACCCACUUUGGAAGACAUGAAAACGGAGAUUACCUCACGCGAACUAUAUGGUUUCUUUGCUUCUUAUUCUUUUCUACCCAUGAUCGCUAUGCGAAAGGAAGAUUCUUACGAUAUCAACCUAGAAACUUUGGCUAGCAAAGAAUUUGCCACCAAAAAAGUGAAACUAAUGUUUUCAUCUAAUCACCGAACAACAGAUACUUUAAGAUAUACAUUAAAACGUUUCAACGAAUUAGGAACACUUGAUUGA